AUGGCUAUUUACGGCGAUGAUGUUGUUCUGUGCUUCAUCUGUGGAGGGAAAACGCAGCCAGAUGUAAACCUAGUUCUCUACUCAAGAAAGCGAAAAGACGACAGUCCCUACUACCCAUUUCUCGAAGUACACGACCCAGCUCCAGGAGCGGAGCCGAUGGCCGAUGAUGGAUCGAUUCAGGGAUGCAUCGUUUGUUUCAGUUUUCUUCAACAACAAUGGCUUCAUUUCAACAAAACAAGAACCGCCGUCAACAAGCGUCUUUACUGGCUGAAACGACCGCCAGGAUGUGAGAUCCGACAACCGGUCAAUAUUAUUGAGCUUGAAGAAAUUCUUUCAGAACAAGCUCGCGAAGAUGACUUCCACUCAGGUUCCGACGAAGAACCAACUCCGAGCCCAGCCCCUGCUCGUCGAGAAAAGUCCGUUUCUCCCCCCGCUCCCGAUCCAUCCCCCCGAGAAACUGUCUGUUUUCUCUGCUCGAUUCCAACUCAAAAAAGCCACAUGCAGCGAAUCGCGCUCGAGAAAAACUCCGAAACGAUGAAAACCAUUCCCGAAACUCCUGUUUUCUCCGUCUUAUCCCGUCGAAAACCUCCCAAAGGAGCUGUCAUGGACAUUCCGCACACAACACAUGUCUGCCAAAAUUGCUUCACGGAUCUUUGCCGCAAAUACCCGCCAGAGGAGCAGAUUCAAGAAGUUGAUGAAAUGGCGAAAGUUGCGCAGAGAAAGACAAGUUUCAAAUGCUAUCUUUGCAAAUGCUCAAUUCAAAUGGCACCUAAAGUUCUUUACGCGAAACAAGUUCACAAGGGCGAACCAUUUUAUCCGUUUCUAUCAACGCUUUCGAAUUUUGACGCGAAAGACCUGAUGAAACCGAGCGUUUACGGGUACACCUAUUCCUGCCAAAACUGCCACGAUGAGCUUUACAAGCAAUGGUGCGUUUAUGAACGAGAACGACUUCCGCAGUCGAAGAGAAAAUAUGAAAAGCAGAUUGAAAGUCUUUUUGAAUCGACAGAUACGACUGAGGAUCUUGAUCGUCCAUCGAUGGUUGUUACCAAUGAUUCUUUGGCAAGUCACGUGGUGAAGUCAAUGGAAACAGAUAAAUUUAUGGAAUGCUAUAUUUGCGCCAGGGAGUUGGUGGAAAAGUUCAAAGUCAAUACCCACCCAUUGCCGAGCGAUGAAAACCAACCGUUCUUCCCCGCCAUUGCCAACAUCAUUCCUGCCACUAGAACCCAACAACUAAACCAGCAUUCCUCAGGAGGAGCCGCGUUCGUUUGCAAGAUCUGUGACAAAAAUCUGAAGCACCAAUGGCAGCAAUACGAGCAAGGACGACUGCCGAAUCUGAAUCGAUGGCUAAGACCGUAUAAUGUUCAAGAAAUCAGCUGUGGCCAGUGUGGUUCCACGGUUCCCUCGGCGAACACGGUCGAAGCGUCGAUUUCGGGAAGUAGUUUGCGGGAUAAUGCGAUUACUUAUGAAGACAUGACAAUCAUUUGCAAAACAUGUGAAAAAGCCGGCCAGAGCCGCGAAAGCCCACAACCAAUGGUCACCAGUAUUCCACCUGUCACUUCUUCAGUUCAAACGCCCAUCACUUCCAUCACCAAUCCUACUUCCAGCUGGGGCCAUCCCCUUCAUGGUUUCUCGCCAGAUGUUCUUUCCCAACUCGCCAGUGCUCAAGUUUCACAACUGAGUCAACUUGGACUGCCGCCGUUUUAUCCUCUUCUUCCGCAACUGUUGUCCGCCUACCAGAACCCAGCGAAUUUAGCCGGGCUUAGCCAUGCUCAACUCACUGCCGCAGCACUUACUCAACAAAUGGCAACGUCUCAAUUUGCGGGACAAAAACGACCAACAGAUGAACAGGAGACACCGACGGAGACGAAGAAGGAUAAAACGGAUGACAUCACCGAGCGAAUCCGUCAACUGGAAGAAAAAUACGAAAAACUUCAGAACUCUUCUCGCAAACUCGCUGAAUCCGUAGUCAGUGGGGAGUUGUCAAAAGAAGAAGCAAAAAGUUUGCUGGACAAAAUGGAAGAAUAA